AGGGGAAAGGAUCGAAAGACGCGGCGCUUUGUCACUCACUUCUCGUUCGAGAGAAUUGGCCGCCACGAUUGCCUCCAUUGGGCCUCCAUUUCCCAGUGGUGCCCAUCCACGUUGCAGGCGGUCUCACUCAGUCAUACGGCCGGUGAACAGGCACUCAAACGGUACCUGUAGUGUCACAUACCGUCGUCUGGAGUGCACCGCUCCGGUUUGCAAACAGGCAUGUCUUCAGACAACCUGGAAAGUCUGAGGCGAGGCUUACUUGACCUCAACGGGGCAAUUGAAGUCAGGCGUCAGGACAUAAACACCAAAGCGCUCGCCGAAGACGUCCUGGAGGCUAUCGGCUCGCUUGACAAACCGGACUUUGCCCUAGCGAGCGCUUACAUCUUCGACUCGGAGAAUGGUUUGUUGACCUACCUCCGAUCAUCUCGAGGCCGGAAGGAGCAUGAGGAUGCGCAGGCGGUGCUCCUCAAUGCGUUGGAGCGCUUCAUGUCGGCUUCGCCUGCUUCGUGCCGACCGUAUACAGCGGAGAUACAGACGGACUGCAUCAAUGCAUUCGAUUCCGCGAAAGCUGCUAGAACGAAGGAUGCCUCGUUGAUGCCACUGAAUGCGUUGAUCGUUCCGACGAUCGGAGCGGGGGAUGCAGAGAAGUUGCAGGUCAAACGGAUUAUUUCCUUCUUCUUCGAUGUAUAUGUCAGACAGCAGAGUAAGCUGGGUGCCUUAGUGAAAGGAUCUAUCCUGAAGCUCCUAGCCGCCGCAUGUCGCCACCACUGGAAUGUAGUGGAGGGAAAUCUUCCAAAACAGAUGGACAGAAUGCUUCAACAAGCCAUUUCAACCCUAUUUGGCAAAGACCCGAACCUGUCCUACGUAGAAAGCGCCCUCAGGGCACUCGACGAGUUCAUGUUUGUAUACACCGACGUUGACCUCACCGCCGUCUUCACAAUCAUCAAAAACAUCUUGGGCCUAUUGAGCUCAGCCGAUACCUUCUCCCGCUACGGCGUCUUCACUGCCACCAUGCAGAUAAUAAUAGAUCAUGCGACCUCUUUCAAAUCGUUGUUGUACAAUCGCGCUAUGGACGUGUGGAAUGAUCUGAGGGCUGCGUGUACGAACAGAAACUCGGAUGUGUCGAGGUUGGGGUACCGCGCAAUGGAUUCGUUUCUGGGUGCUGUUGCGUUGGUGCUGAGGGAAGAUGAGGGGGAUGAGGCUAAGCGGUUGUUUUGGUGGUUUAUGACUCGCUUCGGCGAGUUGAUCGGCCAGGAGCUGACAUACAAGGACACAUCAUUGGCUGUCCGUGCGUAUGGAUACUUUGCAGCACCUUGCCGACGUCACGGAACGGCUGAAGAUCUCAGAGGCAUCCUCGACACCCUGAUGAAGAAGAGUGCCGCGUUGCUUACCGCAAAUCCGACACAGAACCGAGACGAGAGUGUGCACGUCCCCUCGUUCCUAGAAGCGUACUCGUACAUGGCCGAGCAACAUGCGGAAGCGGACAAGAAAUUUUACCUCGCUAUCGCUGACUUGAGCAAGAGCAUGCUGUUGCGGUAUCCGUCCAUGAGUUCGGCGUAUCAAGGCCUUAGCGUGGCUGCACUGCGGAAAUUGUUGUUGAUCUUAAACAGGCAGGGUCCUGGGGGGCGGAAUGUGUGGUCGACGACAGCCUACGAUGCCCUCCUCCUAACUUGCUCAACCCCCAACUCCGACACCAACAUGGAGUCCACCCGCUUCGCUUUCGAUGACUACAUGAACUUCUGGAUCCACCUCUUCCGCAGCCCCAGUGCCGAAUCCCACAUCGACCCUGCCGAAAAACAAAACCUCAACCGCAUGCUCUACGACGAAACGGUCACCGCCAUGCUCCAAAUGGCCGAAAACCUUAACCUCAACAUUAUCGAACCCGAAUCCGAGCCCACGGACGCAUCUGAGUUGGCCGUGGUGGUGACGUACGCGAAUCCUGCGGAUAUAGCCAUUCUGAGCAACCUGACCCGUUUCGCCGACCGCUUCCUCACCGACGUCCAGUCCCGCAACUUUGCGGCAUGGCUAUAUGUCGUAGGCGACCGGUUGAUCGAGCUCUCCCUCCGGAACCCGAUGAUCACCAGCAUAUACAACCUCCUCAGCGUCGUGCUCAAAUUAGCCGCCUCGCUAGAUUUCUUCAAAGACGUGCUGAAACCCGAAACCCUUGGCGCGCGCGAAGGGAUGGACGAGGAAACGUUACCCACAGCAAACUCUAGCCAGAAAUCGGCGCACCUCCUCUUCAGCAGCUACAUCAAAACGGUCGCGGUCCGCUCAGAAGGGUUCAAAGACGACUUACUCGCGAGUUCCCUCCGCUUACUGCUUUCAUGUCCCACCGAUCUCGUCUCCGUGCGCGCGUUAACCGAACCCCUCCGCACUGCAUUUCGGUUAGGACUCUCCUACCAACCCCUCGCGGAGGCGGCGAUCACGGCGUUGGAGCGGUGGGUGAAUGAUAUACCUACCGCGGUGCUCAGGACGGCGUAUCCGAAGAUUUUGCCGGCGUUGGCGGAUUAUCUGCUUUUGGAUGUGGAGCAGACGGCGAGGUUGGAGAAGAAGAAGGUGAAGAUGAAUAGGGGGAUUUUCCAUAUGAAGGGGGUUGCGGCUAGUAGGAUGCGGAUUGCUGCGAUUAUGAGUGAGACGGAAGACGCUUCCGCCCAAUCCUGCGCCAUCCGCCUCCGCGUCAUAACCCUCCUCGGCAACAUCGGCACCUCCAACCGUCUCAUGCUCGCCGGGUUCCGCGAAAACCAGCAGAUCCUCGCCUGGGACACCGAAAAACGGCUGGCAUUCGAUGUCCCCUUUGCGGAAAUGAGCUGCAGGAUUUAUUUGGACGAUAUGUUGCCAAGAGUGAUUGAGUUGGCGGAGAAUUCGCCGGAUAGGAAGACGAAGGUGGCUGCGACGGAGCUGUUGCAUGCGUUGGUGUUGCUGAUGAUUGGACGGAGCGCGAAGCAGUUGAGUGGGACGGGGGAGACGGAGGUUAAGCAGAGCCCAUUCCACAAACUUUACAGCAAAGUCUUCCCCGCGCUCCUCCGACUAGCCAUCGACUUGGACACUGUAACGCGCGAGUUGUUCCGACCGCUGGUGUUUCAGAUCAUCCACUGGCUCACUCGGAACGCGCGGGCGGAAAACCCGGAGACUAUGGCGAUGUUGAAUGUUUGUUUGGAGGCUGUCAGCGGGACCAAUGGGGCUCUGCGGGAUUUUGCGGGUGAAUGUAUUCGCGAGUUUUUGAUCUGGUCUAUCAAGCAUACGCCACCAGCGUCCAGAGGCCAGGAUCUGGACGAAGACCAAGACCACGAAACCAAGACAGUAAAUACAAAGUCCCUCCUGAGGCGCCUAUUCCGCCUGCUCUCCCACAGCAGCUCGCAGAAAAGGCUGGGCGCGGCUAUCGCGUUCAACCGCAUCUACCGCGUCCUGCGAGAAGACGACGCCCUAAUGAGCGAAUUCCUCUUCCUGACCCUCUACAACCUCCUCGGCGCCCUCCGGCUCGCCGACCAAGACCCCCCCGCCUCCGGCGUCCAUCGCGAGAUCAAGAACGCCAUCGGACACUGCGUGAAGAUCCUCAAAGCCAAAAAGGACGUGUUCAAUCGCGUGUAUAAGAAACGGCGCGAGUUUCCGGGGCUCAGAAGGCAGGAUCUGGAUGGUCUGCUGGAUUGGAUCUUUUUGGAGAUUGGGAAGCCGGAGUUGGAUUAUGCGCAGAUGAUGAAGGGGUUGUUUAUGGAGAUUGUGCCGUUGGUGUCUAGUCCUAAGUCAUGGGUCGGGAAACGCAUCAAAGCGGAUUCGAACUACGUGCCCAACAUCCUCAACAACAACCUCCAGAAUGUACCGAGGGGAUUGAGAUUGUCUGAGCGUCGGGCCAAAAAAUGGGUCGGACGCCUGAUUAGUUCGCUCGAGGGCUACACGUUCUUGCUGGAUACUCGAAUCCUUGACGGGACUUCCAUUCUUAGCAACAACCGCGUCCUGCUGUCGGCAAUAACCUUCUUCGUGGAAAACUACGCCCUUCGAAGCGAGGAACCUGAUCUAGACCCUCAAGCUCGGCUACAAGCCGACGAGCUCCGUUCUUUCGCGACCGUUCGCGUGUUUGGCAUACUGGAGGCAUUGUUGCAGAGCGGCACCGAAAUCCCUGACAGCGUCGGCCUAUGGACCCCGCAUUUCUUCCGUCUCGUAGCUUUAGUGAUCUUCAAACCAGCCGCCGCGGGAUUUGCACCCGAAAGCGAGGACGUUAAGAGGAAUCUACCUUUGCGGAUGGUGUCUCUGCUUCGACUCAUUCCCACAUCGACGCUCCGCUUCGACUGCAUCAGAGAUGUGUACCUUGCGGACGACUGCGACAUUUCGAGUCUAGAUCUCACGGACGGCCGAAAUCGGCUCGCAAUCAGUCAGAGCGUUAUUGGGUUGCAGCAGAUUCAGAAAGCCGGGUUGUUUGCGAAGUUUAUGGAGAGUACUGAUGUCGAUGUUUACAACCAGCUGUUUGAUGCGACCAGGCAAAUGAGGAAGAAUACUAGUCCUGGAACCACUAUCAUUGUCGGCAAUAUGGUUGAGAUUUGUUUGGAGAGUGAGACACACCGGGAACGCUGUUUUCGAGAGCUGCUGGGUUUGGAAAGCAGAAGCAAGUACGAGAACGGCAUCGCGUUCUAUCAGCAAUACGGGAACCAUAUCAACCCGUGGAUCGCGCGAAAUCUUGGAGCUUCGAUCCCGACAUUGGAAAAAUACCUCCACCAUCCACUCGUCAGCGACAUACUGCGCUGGGUCUCCAACUACCUGUUGGUCAAUCGUAGCGCGAAGGAUACUUGUCACAAGAUCUUCAUCGACCAGCUCGUCGGGAACGAUGGUUUCGUACGGAAAAUGAGUGAAGUGUUUGACCCAAGUGAUCUGCUCCAAUUGUGGCAUAUGAUUGUUCGGCUGGAUCCUGGCAUCGUUGCGAGAACGCAAGGCACACGAUUUUGCAGGAUCUUCACACAAGUCUAUGUUUCAUUCCUCAACUCUUCGAACCCACGGCCUUUCUUGAAUGAUGCGUUUGCAUUGCUUUCGGUUUUCUUGACACCGGAGAAUGCUGAAGAGGUCGAGAACAGGCUAAGCAAAAUCGUAAACGACCAUUUCCCGCUUUCUCCGGGCGACAUGAAAGAGGGCUCGUCGCAACAAGUCGACUACGCGCAGAGCAUGGCCACAUUACUGGACGGUCUUGGAACCCUCAACACGAUUGUGAUCGCAAAAGUUUUGAUCAUGCAUAUUUGCAUACAUCCGAAUCACCCCUUUGCUGAGCAGUUAGGGGAGCGACUUGCGAAUGCCGGGCGCCGAUGCCCGCCGAAGGACGUCGGGAAUCUGCUUGCAUUGUUGUGGAGUUAUUUCGGUGAUGCCACUAUUCCCGCGGACUUCCGGAAGAACGUCGUGCGCUAUGCCUUACUACCGCUCUUGCGAGCCUCGUCCCCUGACUUCGUCGCGAAAACGUUCGAGCAAGAAAUUAACAAUAUCAUGACUAUCCUAAAACAGACAUUGUCUCCAAAGCCCUUGGAUCUACUGAUGAGCAAAACCGCGGGCUUCGAACUACUCACCACAUGCUACCAGCACAGCGACGUUAGCGCGCUGCACAGCGCCGAAGGCAUUGUCAUGCGUGCCUUCAUCAAAAAGUUCCCGGACACCCCGAAUGCCGAUAAACCCAACGCCCUGUCUGUUGCAAUCAUCCGGCAGGCCGAGGAUGCGCAGAAAGAGCGCAUUCCGGACAUUCCCAAUGCGCGCCAGUUGGGUCUAGAAUUCCAUCAGGCGGCUUUCAACGCCUGCUGCGCGGUCUUUGCUGCAACGCAAACGAAAAACCUCGAGUUCUUUUUGGUGAAGAAGAUCUUUCAGCGGGAUGCACCUCAUUGGAGCAACAUCGUGGACAUGGAGGAGAAUGUUGAAGACGUGCUUCAGUUUGAGAUCCAAAACGACGCAAACGCAGCGGAGCAAUCUACUGGCAGAUAUGUAUCAACGCAGUUCCUUGCAGAGAGCAGUUUGAGUCAGACCACGAGCUUGAGCAUACCAGACGGAGCCUUCACUCAGGAAGCACAAGAGAAUGGGUUGGAGAACAGAGCUCUCAACCACGCUGCAAGGGCAGAUCGUGCACGAUACAUAUACGGUCAUAACCCAUGUACGGGAACAGUUGUGGAACUGAUCUCGAAGGUGUCAGGCACGGUACAAGAUGGUGCGAGUAUGCCAGGUUGGAUGACCGAGCUAUUGGAGAGAAUGCAAAUGAAGGGCACACCGCUAAACCUUCGGGUGUACAUUGCGGCGAUCGUUUUGAACCGAAAGGAGCUGUUCAGUGCUUAUGCGGAGCAGUGGUGGAGGCCGGUCGCCGAAGUGAUCCAGGAUUAUCCAUACUCCAACGGCAUUGGCCCCAUGAUCCAGAGUCUUUGCAACGAGCUUCUUCUUUGGGGCGGGCACCUGAGGCAUGGCAAGACCACGACGGCGCACUUUUCCCCGCCAGACAAGUCGCAGUCUCGUGCAGUCAUCUACGGCAUGAUGCGAGCAUUGGUUGGGGGUGCAAUCAGGCCAAAGUCGAUGGCCGAAGUGAAGCGCAAUAUGAGUAUCAUAUCAGCAUUCGUUGAGAUGUGGAAGCAUCUGAUGACCCCUACAACGGAGGAGAUACUAAACUGCAUAAGUGACGGCGAAAAGAAGAUCAAUGAGAAAGACAAGAAGGAACUCCUCGCUGGCAUUCUGCUGACUUCCGUCUUCAUUCUGAACGAUAUCAAUCCAUUCGAUGUUGGAGGAUUAGGCAAUCGGAGUAUGUCAGAGAUGCAAUUCUGGAAGAUCUUCUUGUCGCUGCUCGACCACAAGCGGCGCGACGUAUAUGCCUCUGCCGCGGAGGUCUUUGGACGAUGGUUGGCUCUCGUUCAAAAGCAAAACCUGGAUCUGUAUGAACUGCUUCAGACGGAAUUGCAGCAGCGGAUAUCCUCCCUGAACGGGAUCAAAGGAACCGCCGUCGAUCAAGAUCGCUUCAUUCAGACUUUAGCCAGCCUGAGCACCGGUUACCCAGAGAUUGUCAAAGGAUCUUCCAGGGACCUGCUGUACAUCUUUCCUCGCCUGAGUGGAAAGCUGCGCGCCCGAUGCCUAUAUGCAAUCUCAUCAUGUGGUCCGCAAAUCGAGAACAUCUUUGAAGACCUUCGCGCAAAGAAUCUCAAAGACCUGAUCGCGCAAAGGGACGAGGAGACUCAACGGCUCAUUUUGGUCAUUUUGUACAACCUUGUGCCUUCCUUGACGGUGGAUCAGAUAUCCUACUUCCUUCCGACCAUGCUGAGGACCUUCAACAGUAGCUCCUCCGAGCUAUGCAGAACGGCGUAUUUUAGUCUGUUGGUGCGCAUCUACGAUCGGUUGGAAGAUAACGACAACCUGAGGAACAAAGUCAGACUGGCCAUCCUCGAAGGCUUGGUUGACCCCCUCGAGGAGAUCCGAAGCGGCGUCGGCACUUUUUUGAAUCAAGAUGGGCAAUUAGGAAACAAAGACAUAUAUCAGCGCACGCAAUUGCUACUGGGAAUGUACGACCCUCAAAUCGAGAGUUCGUUCUUGCAUUUUGUCACUUCAUUCCUGUUGGACGCAACCAAGGAAACUCCGCAGUAUACUGCAAAGCUGUUCGACAGCGGGCUACCGGAUGCGAAGUUUGUGGAUGCUCACAUCGACGUCUCUUGGACCCCCGCCGGCUCAAUGCAGCCAAUCUUCGCUGCUACACAAAACGGCAAUGCUUCGCUCGCCACUGGCACUCCCGCAUCUCAGUUUGUUCGUGCCACUCAACAGGCGCAGUGGACAUUGACCCAGGACAUGAACCCAACCCAAGCCCGAGAUGCAUUCUCAGUCGUCGAGUCUGAGGUUUCGCUCGCGCUGGGGAGUCUUCAGGACACGUCCUCAGGGGCGUCUCUAGGAGGUCGUUCCCGAAGGACGGAGGUUGACGUCCGUCGACAUUACGCUAACCAGUCGGAACGACAGAGGCGAAUCAAGCUCCAAACUCAAAUGUUGCAGAAAGCGGCGCGAGCAAAGACCGUUACGCUUUCCCGAAAGUAUCGAAUCGGAGAGCUUCCUGACAUCGAGAUCGGACACAAAGAAGUCCUCGCCCCUCUUCAACAUUUGGUCACUAGGGAUGCCGAAGUCGCGCAACAUGCGUUCAGCGCGCUUCUCACGGCCAUAGUUGAUAAUGUUGGCGUAGGGCAUGGAAAGAGGCAGCGAGAGAGCGAUUCCUUCCGCACUGCCAUCGAGGAGGGAUUGUCACGCAUCAUCUCAACUUCGACAAACUUUCACCCUCCAAUGCUUGCUGCGGCAUUGAGGUCAAUGUAUUCAAUGUCUUCAACGAAUUUCGAUCCCGUGGCCUUGUCGCGUGCUAGCGAACAGAGUUCCAAUACGCAACUGGGCGUUUCCCUACUGGAGCAAGCACUUCUGGCUGGGAAAGCCCCUGCGACGAAACGGCGGCGCACUGAUGACGAUGUGGGUCCGGGCAUCAACAAGCAGCUCUGGCUCCGGCUGGCGUUCCUGUACAAGUCGAUUGCAUACUUCAAUGUGUAUCGAAGCAUUGUGGAGCAUCGAAUCUCGACUUCGCCGUUUGUGAAGGAAGCGAUCGCGGCCGAAACCAUGAAACAGUACGACAACGCUCUCCAGAAGUACAAAGAAUCACUGAGUGGAGAGCGUCAGGACCGAGUUGACCAGUACGAGCGGGACAUUUGCCACCGCGGCCACGGGGAAUGCUUGGAAAAUCUCGGCCUAUGGGAGGCUCUUGCGGAGCAUGUGAUGGAACAUGUUGAUAAUCAGACUCAGAACCUGUGGAAGUCGGAGAAUGUCGACCCGUACCUGGAGCAGUUUUUCAAAGCUUAUCUGCGCUUGCGAGAUGGAAUAGUUGACGAAUCUGGGAUCUUUAUUCCAUGGGAAGGAACGAGCCCGUUGAUGUCCUUGGUAAAUGUCGGAUUGAACGAUGCAACCAAAAAAGAGCUACUCGAGAACAAGUUUCCGGAAGAACUGUGUCUGUUGAUGCUCUCCUCUGGUGACCUGCAACGGGCUCGUCACUACAGUCAGCGCGCAAUCGACGGCAUCCUGGCCUCCUUCACAAGCCUACACCCGCUCGCAUCCGAAGCUCGCCAGAUGCGGCUCUCAUCCCUGCAGAUCAUCGUGGAAGUUAAAGCGUUUGUGGAUUUGUUGGAGUCUCGCGGAAACACUGACUUCGGCGUGAAGGUCGGGAAGUUCUUGGCGUCAUGGGACUCCCGCAGUCUCUCGCCCUUGCAGGAUCCCAUGCCGUUGUGGCUUGAUGUGGUGCUGUCGCGAGAGCAGAUACUCGAGCAGUUCGGCAGGCUGGACCUCAUGGAUGUUGAUCAAGCGGCUCUCCAACCCGUUCUCACUAAAUUGCAUAAGGGGAUCAGGAAAGCGGCUACCAAGCAACACAACUUCGUGGUUGCGGAGCGGUAUACAACCGCGUCUGAGGACUUUGAUCCGGAGGUAUCCCUUGCGACCUUGAAGCUGGCGUACAAGCGUUUGAUAUACUUGGACGAUGUGGCGAAAGCGGAGCUUGCAUCUCGCACAGUCGCGAGCUUCUCGUAUUACUCGGCUAGGAUCGCAUCCCUCGACACGACAUUGCGAGCCAAAUACAUGUUCCUGCAAGGCCGUCUGUUCGACGAAAUCUUUAAGGGAUUGAUCGCGAGUGAAGACUUCAGUUCGACCCUGCAAGGCAACAAAUACAUGCGCAAAGCUCUCAAAUCUGCAGGAGGUGGUCGCUCGCCCAACGCAUCUGGAUUACUCGCUUUCGCCAUCGAAGAAUCACUGAAGUAUUUGACCGAAGGUGUGACACUUGCACCGAGCAAUAAGCGGCGGAUGUAUCUCGCUACGCACUGCGAUUCCAUGGUUCGAUUGAAGGAGGAUUCUCCGGAUUCGCCGUGCGAUUUCGAUCUAGCCCGAUACGCUGUCAUAGCCACCGAACACACACUCGCAGCGAUGCAAGACGUUUACGCGCCCGCCAUCGAGAUUUUCCCCCGCCUCUUGCAGCUCCUCCACACCUACGACGGCGUCGGAAAUACCUUCCUCCAGCUAGCAACAAACGCACCCGCCUGGACAUUCCUCCGCUGGCUUCCCCAGAUAACAGCUCUCCUCGACAAACCCGCCGCCACCGCCCUAUUCCCGCUCAUGCACAAGAUCGCCGCCGAAUAUCCCACCGCGGUCUAUUUCCCGCUCUCCAUCUCUAGCGAGCAGUAUGUCCUCGACGACCCCAACCGGUCCAACAACGGGAAAGAGGUCGCGGCGUUGAAGGAGGUUAUCCAUUCGCCGCUGCUGGACAAGUUGAAGAUGGAGUUGAGGAGACUGACGGAGCCGGUGCACACGUUCAAGGAUUGGAUUCAGGAGACGCAGCCGUUGCUUAUGACCAACCCGAAGGACUCGAAAGCGAUUUUGGAGCUGUUUGAGGACAUGAAGGCGUAUUGUUUGAACACGGACCCGCACGUGGCUGGAUCGAUUGGGAUGGCGUUCGCGACGAAGUACUCGGCAAAGAUCUUCCAGUUUUGCGGCAAGGACGGCAGAAAGCUUUUGACGCUGUCCAGCAAGGAUUGGCGAGAAUUCAAUGACUACUGUAGGAAUAAUAUCUUCAAAGAAUCGUUGCCCACGGGCAUGAUGCCGUUGAAGAACUAUUCGCCGUGGCUUGCAGCGUUCAAUGCCAAGGAUUUCGAAGAGGAUCUCGAGAUUCCCGGCCAAUACACAGAGUCGAAGAAACCUAUUCCCGAAAACCUCGUCACGAUCUCCAGUUUCCAAUCGGAGGUUUUGGUUAUGGCAUCCAUCAGACGGCCGAAACGUUUGACUAUAGUGGGAUCCGAUGAGAAGAACCAGCAUUGGCUGAUUAAGGGAGGCGAAGAUCUCCGACUCGAUCAGCGUGUGCAGGAAAUGUUCUCCGUCAUGAACAACAUCAUGGCGAACGAUUCUGGGUGCCAAGAUUUGCAGCUCCGCACUUACAAAGUGGUCCCAAUGUCAAGAAACCUCGGCAUCCUCGAAUGGGUCGACAACACCAAACCCCUCCUGGAAGUGAUGCGCUCCGUCCCCGGCUUCAAAGAAGCGUUUGCCAACGCGCUCAAAAAGCAUGACGAGUUCGUUCAAGCGCAUGGGGGGAACAAGAAGAGUCUCCCUGAACAACACUGCAACAUGUUUAAAACCGCCUCCGCGCGGAAAACCGAAGAGCACCUCGACAGCGUGACCCCGCGCGAACCGUACCUGAAGAGGUGGAUGCAGAAAUUGGCGGCGAGCCCGGAGGCGUUUUUGACGAUCCGGGGGACGUUUGCGAGGAGUUUGGCGACGUUGAAUAUUUGUUCUUACUUGCUUGGGAUUGGAGAUCGGCAUGGAGAGAAUUUCUUGAUUGAUAUGAGCAGCGGUCAGAUCAUAGGCAUCGAUUUCGGUCACGCUUUCGGCUCAGCAACCGAAGUCCUUCCCAUCCCCGAACUCGUCCCCUUCCGCCUCACAAAGCAGAUGGCGCUCGUGCUCGAACCGCUCGGCGUGCCCGUGUUGUUGCAGGACACGAUGAUCAACGUCAUGUCUGCAAUGCGCUCCAAAAAAGAAGUCCUGUUGAAUGUGCUCAACAUCUUCAUCAAGGAGCCGUUGAUGGAGUGGAGGACGUUUGCGCUUAAGCAGGCUGCGAGACAAGGUAAAGGAACGUCGCUGUCGACGACACCCGCGGAGGGCAGCAGCAGCUUGAACGCCCCGGAAUGGUAUCCGCAGCAGAAGCUGGAUAUCGCGCGACGUAAAUUGAACGGGGAACAUCCAAGUCACCUAACCGCGCUAGAACUGCAAUACGGCCAUUCCAAAGAACCGUGGUUCUCCGCCGCCCGCGACAUUGUCCUGGGCAAAGACGCGACGCACGGCAAGCGGUACGCGGUGGGACCCGUGUGCAAGGAUGUGCGCGAGCAGGUGGAGUGUACCGUUGAGCAGGCGAUGGAUGCGAAUGUGUUGGGGAGGGCUUAUAGGGGAUGGGCUGCUUGGGCUUGAGGGGCGGGCAGGGUGUAUACCGCCGG